AUGGGCAAGCGGGGCAACUCGAUCGCCAAGCCGCAUCCGGUGCUCGAUGGCCUCCUCAUGGCCGCGCUGCUCGCCGAGUGCAUCUCGCUCUACUACAUCCUCGAGACCGACCUCCUCAUGACGCUGUGCGCCAUGAUCCUCGUCGUCGCCGUGGCCAUCUUCGUCGUCAAGGCGACGUUCCGCGCAAGCGGAGCCUGGAUCUCCAGCACAUUCCUGCAGCACCUCGGCGACCCGCUCAAGAAGAAGACGACGAUGAAGAAGUUCACGGACCAGUCGUGGCAGCUCGCGAUCCACGCCUCCAUGACCGUGCUCGAGAUCGUCGUCAUCAUGGACGAGACGUGGUGGCAGGACACGCGCUCGAUGUGGAACCCGGAGAGCGUGACGUGCGACUUCCCGACGCAAAAGUACUUAACCAAGUUCUUAUACAUCACGCAACUCGCCAUUUGGAUUUACACGGCCUUUUCUUGUAAAUUCCUCGAAGAAAUCCGCAAAGACUACCUCGUCAUGAUGACGCACCACGUCGUCACGAUCGCGCUCGUCUCGUGGAGCUACGCGCAGGGGUACCUUCCCGUCGGCGUCUUGAUCCUCAUCGUCCACGAUGCUUCGGACAUCCCGCUCGACCUGCUCAAGAUGGCCAACUACAUGAAGCUCGAAGGCGCGUCGGGGCUCUUUAUCACCGAGGGUCUCUUCGCCAUCGUGCUCAGCGUCUGGUUCUACGUGCGCAUCUACCUCUUCCCUGUGAAGCUCAUCAACUCGGCCUUCUGGGAGAACCGGGAGGCGUGCAUGUCGCCCAAAGACGCGCACGACCUCAGCAUCUUGAGCUUCCCCGGCGUGCCCAUGUGGUUUGGCUUCAACGCGCUCCUCAUUACGCUGUACAUUCUGCACGUUUGGUGGGGCUUUCUCCUCGUGCGUCUCUUGGUCAAGGUCACGACCCACAGCGUCCACGAUACCGCCAAGGACGAGUACGAAGGCACGUCGUCCGACUCGGAAGCGAGCAAGGAAGACUAAUAAACCUAUACGCAUUUGUACCAUC